GAUAUAGUAAGCCUAGCAGGCGAUGAGAAGAAGAUUGCGGCUUUCCUUAAGCUAGUGGAUGUAAUGAUGGAUUGGUGCGAAGAGACUGUAAAGAAGAUAAGUUGUAAUAUCCUCUGCUGGCUAAAGAGUACUCGGCUGCUGUUAACUUAUCUAAAGCCGUUUAGCUUAGUUUGCUAUCUUUUGAGCACUAAGAAAUAUCGGCUUUUGUUUAAAAAUACUUUACUUUUUGUUUUUCGGGUAUACUGA